GUGAGCGGAGCCCUGCACCUCGUAGUCUCCCGCAGCCUCUCAGCCAUGGGCGCCGUCUGGUCAGCCCUGCUGGUCGGCGGGGGUCUGGCAGGAGCGCUCAUCCUGUGGCUGCUGCGGGGCGACUCUGGGGCCCCGGGGAAAGACGGGGUUGCGGAGCCGCCGCAGAAGGGCGCACCUCCAGGGGAGGCUGCGGCCCCGGGAAGCGGUCCGGGUGGUGGUGGCAGUGGCGGCCUGAGCCCUGAACCUUCCGAUCGGGAGCUGGUCUCCAAAGCAGAGCAUCUUCAAGAAAGCAAUGGACAUUUGAUUUCUGAGAGCAAAGAUCUUGAUAGCCUGCCGGAAGCACAGAGACUGCAGAAUGUUGGAGCAGACUGGGGCAAUGCCAGAGAGUUUGUUCCUGUUGGGAAGAUUCCAGACACACACUCCAGGGCCAACUCUGAAGUGGCAAGAAAUCAAAGCCCAGGAUCUCAUGGAGGAGAAUGGAGACUCCCAAAAGGACAAGAAACAGCUGUUAAAGUAGCUGGCAGUGUGGCCGCAAAGCUGCCCUCCAGCAGCCUGCUUGUGGGCAGAGCUAAAGCGGUCAGUCAGGACCCGGCAGGCCGUGAGGACUGGGAAGUGGUGUCUAGGCACUCCUCUUGGGGGAGUGUUGGUUUGGGUGGCAGUCUUGAGGCUUCUAGGUUAAGUCUAAAUCAGGGAAUGGAUGAUAGCACAAACAGUCUUGUGGGAGGAAGAGGCUGGGAAGUAGAUGGGAAGGUGGCGUCCCUGGAACCUCAGCAGGUCAGCAUCCAGUUCCAGGUGCACUACACCACAAACACCGACGUGCAGUUCAUCGCAGUGACUGGAGACCAUGAGAGUCUUGGGAGAUGGAACACAUAUAUCCCACUCCACUACUGCAAAGACGGGCUCUGGUCUCACUCUGUCUUCCUGCCUGCAGACACAGUGGUGGAGUGGAAGUUUGUGUUGGUAGAGAAUAAGGAAGUUACUCGUUGGGAAGAAUGCAGCAAUAGACUCCUACAGACUGGCCAUGAGGAUAGAGUGGUUCAUGGGUGGUGGGGGAUUCACUGACUCAGUUUUCAGAGCACCCAAGAGGCUGCAGCAGAAUGUGGAAGAGGCUAAGGCUGUAGAGUGCACUGCAUAGUUUAAAGUAAAGGCAGUGUGAUUCCAAUUGUAGCCAUCUCUUUCAGAUUUGCUAGUGUGGCUUUUGUCCAAAAUGUAGGAAGAUGUAUGCCUGCAGAUAAUGCUCCCUGUAAGCUGACACUUGUCCCUUGUUGUAUUGACUGGUUUGUGCUGACACAUCAGGACUUGAGGGCUUGAUCAUCCUGGGUAGUUGCUUUGGCUACGCCUGAGGUAUGGACUACAUAUGGGCAAGGAGGAACUAAGCAACUUCAUGGGUACAAGGUAGAGAGCCCUUAGCAGCUCUUAGACUAGGGAGACUAUCAUACGCCCAUCAGACACUAAAGCAACACUGUUUACAUUUAAUAGUAACAUCAUAUAGAACUGUGACCAGUAAGGAUCGGAGUUGAAACUCCAGACUUCCUGUUAGUUUUUAUUGAUUUAACUGCUGAGGCUAGGCAAGACAUUAGCAGCUAUGCCUUUGUCUCAGUGGCUGAAAGCCUAUUCAGAGUUGGUCACCCAGGAAGCAGAGCACGACAGAUUGAGGUGUGAGAUGCUGAGUGGCUUGAAGGGGUCUAGUUCCUUGAGGACUGGGAGUAACAGGUUCGAGUAGGGUACAUCCCUCUUUUACCCACAGCUCUGGUCAGACCAUCUCUGCUCCACCUCAUUCCUACUCCGGUGUCAACAAAUGGGCUGCCCCAGAGAUGGCGUUUCUGUCUGUUAACCUUUCACUCUCCUUACAUACCAGCGAGGGAAAGUCUAUAGGGCCAUGAUACAGAUGAAUGUCUUUGCUCUGAGAAGAAAUAAUCAAGCUUUAAGUUAUAACUGAAUAAAUAAAUCCCGAGUUUUAAUAUCUUUA